AUGUCUUGCUACGACCUGUGCCCACCAAAGACCAGCGUGGCCGUCCCUCAGCCCAUCGCUGAGAGCUGCAACGACCUGUGCACCCGCCAGUGCCCCGACUCCACGGCCUUCAUCCAGCCACCCCCCGUCAUGGUCACCUUCCCCGGCCCCAUCCUCAGCUCCUUCCCCCAGCAAGCCGUGGUGGGCUCCUCUGGAGCACCGGCCUUUGGGGGCAACCUGGGUCUGGGGGGCCUCUAUGGUGCCGGUGCCACCCAGGGCUCAGGGGGCCUCUGCACCUUUGGCAGAGCCUACGCUGCUCCUGCCUGCAGCCCUUGUGUCUUGCCCCGCUCCAGCAAGAAGCUCUGGAACACCUGUGGGCCAUCUGAGGAGGCUCUGGUGGGCUCUCAUCAAGGGGCACACAUGACUGAAGGAAGGUAA